AUGUCGUCCCUGCUUAAUAGGUUUGAGGAUCCAGAAAAUCCUCUGUUAGGUCCUACGCUAUGGGGCCUCCAGACUUGGGGAAUGUGGCAACCAAAACCUGGUUUAGCCAAAAACUUGUACAAUCUUCUACAUUUUCUGAUUAUAUUCUUCAUAAUCAGCCAAUAUGUGGAGCUAUGGAUCAUAAGAGAGAACCUCGAAAUGGCGCUCAGAAAUCUCUCGAUAACCAUGCUCAGUUCUGUUUGCGUCAUCAAAGCUGGUACUUUCGUAUUUUGGCAGAAAAACUGGAGGGACAUCGUGGAUUUUGUAAGGCAUUUUGAAUCCUAUCAACGGCGAAAAAAGGAUGAUAUUACUCAGAAUUUCUUAGAUGACUACAAACGAUACUCCAGAAAAGUCACCGUUUGCUAUUGGAGCCUAGUCGCAGCUACAGUUUUUACGGUGGUUUUGACACCGUUAGCCAGUUUCAUGUCGUCCGCAGAAUAUAGGAUGCAAAUACGUAACGGUACUAAGCCUUAUCCAGAAAUUCUGAGCUCCUGGACGCCGUUCGAUAGAACUCGAGGCAUCGGGUAUAUUUUGUCACUGGUGAUGCAUGCACUCAUAUGCGUGUACGGUGGUGGUAUUGUCGCGAAUUACGACACCAACGUAGUUGUUCUGAUGUCGUUUUUCACUGGCCAGCUUGGUCUACUACGGGCUAAAUGUGAGCGGUUGUUUGAGAAUAUUAACUCGUACAGCGAUGCAGUGAAGAAUGUUCGAGAGUGUCACAAGCACCAUGAUCUUUUGGUCAGGUAUGCCAAGAUUUUGGACUCCGUAUUAUCUCCAGUCUUAUUCGUUUACGUCAUCAUCUGCUCUCUGAUGAUAUGCGCGAGCGCCACACAACUAACUUCAGAAGGAACAACAGCUAUGCAACAAGUGUGGAUUGCUGAGUACCUAGCGGCACUGAUUGCACAGCUGUUCCUAUACUGCUGGCAUAGCAACCAAGUUUACUACAUGAGCCUGGUGGUUGACACCGGAGUGUACCAAAGUGGUUGGUGGUCUCAGGAGGUGAGGAUGCGGCGCUGCGUACUGCUGCUGGCUGGUCAGCUGAACAGGAACAUCAUAUUCUCCGCAGGACCCUUCACCAAGCUAUCUGUACCUACUUUUGUCACUAUACUGAAAGGAUCAUAUAGCUACUACACUAUAUUGAGCAAGAAAUAG